GAAUACUGAUAAUGUCCGGAAAAGAAAUUGCAGUAAACAAAGGGCGAGCGGAAAAUCGAAGAAACGAUACAAAUCAUCCGAGCACAAGAGAAGCCCAAAAACAAACUUCCCCAUUCCAUUCGUCAUCACAAUUCACAACACAACACAACAAUCUCUCCCUCCGCAGAAUAAAAACAUCUCUCUCUCCCUCUCUCUCUCUCUGAAUUCCACCAUGAGCACCGAGUCAGACUCAGUGGAACCCACACCAUCAACCUCAACACCCCCACCUACACACAACGCGCAAACAUACAUACACCCUCGCCGCGAGCCCUUCGAGCACGGCCUCAUCCCCAUCCCCAAACUCAUUUUCACCGACGCUUUUCAAACCCUAGCUUCUUACAAACUCAAGCUCCUCUCAAUCAAUCGCCGUGUCAACUCCGCCGCUAUUGCCGAGACGCUACAGAUCUCCGUCCAGGAAGCCAGGCUCGUCAUCGAGACCGUUGCGUCCGUGCUUUUUCACGAUUCGGAUCCGCUUGUCAAUGCCAAAGCCGACGAGGUGGAGAAUGUGGGGGUUGAUGUCUAUGAUUUGGUCUUGUUUCUGUAUGCACAGUCGUAUAAGAGGCUGCUGCCACGUGGACACAAGGAUUCAGCUGCUGUAGCUGAUGUUUGGCCUUCCACAUCCGCUUUCGAUGGUUUCUUGUCCGCGCUUACUCCGUUGCAGCUUGUGCGCAAUAAUAGUCGCAGAUUUAUGCCAUCACAAGCCGACGAAGAGGCUCAUCAGCUACUGUAUAUACAAAAACACUUGGGCAACAUUGUCUCCCUUAUGGCCGACUCCACAGAAGUGGAAGGCGAGGAUUCUUUGGUGUUAACAAUGGAAAAUUUUGAGCACCUUGGGUAUCUGAUUUAUUUUGGUGAAAAUGGAUCGGAGAAAAUUCCAUUAAGUCAGAGUGCUCCAUUUUUUGCUAAUUCGGAUCCUGAUAUGCCUGCUGUACCUGUUCCUGCACCACAAGUUCAUGAUUGGCUUCUAGAAAAUAUUUCAUCUGCAUUGGGACACAUUGCUGAAACAGUUUCCACAAAGGAAAAUGGGCCUACCAGCUCCGCUGACCAGGACAUCCCAAUGGCUGAUGUGUCUCAUAGUCCUAUAAAGGCCACAACCUCUGCUAGGGGUCAUAGUUUUAUCGAGGGCAUCUCUAAGUCAUCGUGCAUGAAGCAGGCAUCUGAUCUUAAAGGCUCUUCAAUAAAGGUUGUGAAUUGCCACGAAUCAGUUAUUUACAUCUUAGCACCAUUGAGAUAUGCCGCAGUAUAUGGAUGUUCUGAUGCAACUAUAGUUCUUGGUGCUGUAGGCAAGGCUGUAAGGAUUGAACAUUGUGAACGAGUUCAUUUGAUAACAGCAGCCAAAAGAAUCUGUAUUGCUAAUUGUCGUGAGUGUAUAUUCUUCUUGGGGAUAAAUCAGCAACCUCUAAUUGUUGGUGAUAACCAUAAACUGCAGGUAGCUCCAUAUAAUACAUAUUACUCACAGUUGGAGGACCACUUGAAUCAAGUCGGUAUCGAUACCACUAUUAACAGAUGGGAUGAACCUUUGGCACUGGGAAUGGUUGACCCACAUGAUUCUUUAUCUCAUCCUGUAGGCAUUUCUGAUGUUCAGGCCGAAUCCGCUUCCCGAAUUGACCCUGAUCAAUUUACAAAUUUUUUGAUUCCAAACUGGUUCGAAGGAGAAUCUUCAGGAUGUACUAAAGACAAUCCUUUUCCUCUUCCUGAUGCCUAUUUGAAAUCUCAACAGAAAAAUUACGAAAAUCUAGGGGAGAUCAAGCAAACUUUAAAGGAGACACAGCUCGAGGAUAGCAAGAAGCGAGAAUUAUCGAGUGCACUCCAUGGCUACUUCAAAGACUGGCUAUAUGCAUCAGGAAAUAUUAGACAACUUUAUUGUCAACAAAAUGAUUAGAGAGGCAUGACAUGGUGGCAGAGACAGAGGGUUAGAACCCAAAGUUGCAUGUUUCGGAUUCUAUACCUUCCAAGUUUUGGUGGUUGCAAGUUGUCAUUAUUCUUGUCCGCCCGGCUGAUAAUCCAAAAAAAGAAGUUUUUUUUUUUGUUGCGGUGCAUUAGGCUGACAAGCAGUAUGCAAUAACAUAUAUAGCUCUAAGUAUGGUUUUUUGUCUUUAAAAAUUUUUAUUGUAAUAUGUUAGAGACUAUUUUCGAAUCAAUGUCGAUCCAACACUGACCUUUUCCUCAAAACUUCUAAAUGUAUGAAAGUUGUAAGAGGAUAAAAUGUGUGGUCUGAAUCAUAGAAAUUGUAAUUCUUGAUAUGAAA